CCAGAAUAUUCACUACUCUUUUUCAUUACAGAACAUAAGACAAUGUGGUCCUCUGCACUCUGAUUCUGAUACUACAAUUCUUAUCAUUUUCAGUUUGCUAGAUUUCAAAGAAACUGAAUCUGUAAUGACGAUGUUGCUUACUAGGCAAAAGAAGAAGAAACAGGUUGCUGUAGGCAAGGAAAAUCGCAUUCUGAUCAGCGUGACAGUCGUUGGAAGCCCCGGUCCCAUUCGUUUGGUUGUUAAUCAGGAGGAGCUUGUAGCUUCUGUUAUUCAUUCCAUUCUCAAGUCUUAUGCCCGUUCAGGUCGCUUCCCGGUUUUAGGCACCAAUCUAAAUAAGUUUUUUCUCUAUUGCCCUGCUGUCGGAGCUGAAGGUUUGAGUCCGUGGGGGACAAUAGGAUCGUAUGGGGUUCGGGAUUUUGUUCUGUGCAAAAAGCCAGAGGUGGAGAAGCCAAUUGGCGAUGAGAAAGCGGUUAAGGCUGUGCAGUUAGCUAGCAAGGGCCGUGGCAGUUGGAAGGCUUGGUUUAACAAAUCAUGGAAGAUACCUUCGCACUAGAUUGUCCAAGUUGCCUAAACGCAAGACUGAUGAACAAAAACUGUAAUGAUGGGAAUAUCAAGUCCAGUUUCAAAAAAUCGAGAGAUGUUACAAAAUAGAUUAUUCCAAGUAUUGUUAAUGUAUAAAAUUGAGUGUGAGAUUCAGAAAAUGAAAACUGCAACUUGAAUGAGAAAA